AUGUCAGUGAUGCAGUCGAUUCUGUAUAAUAGAGCGUAUACUAUGCUCAAGGAAGAACGCACGAAGGGCGGAGGGGAGAAUAAGGGUGAGGUGCAACAGUCGUAUGAGAUUUAUGACGCUACAGCUGAAGGAGCGCGACAUGACAACCGACAAUAA